UGUCCGGGUGGAAUGGCGGUGAUUGUGACGCGGGGCCUCGGCAUUCUGUUUCAGAAUGUCAGAGGCGGCACGUUCCACCAUCAGCAUAAAGCCCGCGACUGCUGGCGCUGGGUGAAACGGUAUUUACUAUCUGACAACGUGAUUCGUUUGAUGGAAUUCCAACAGAAGAAGGUUGCAAUUGCCAAUCAGAUGUAUGUUAGUAGAGAACAAUAUUUCAACAACAUCGAGGAGAAGCUAAGAAAGAAUGAGUUGAUCCUCAAGGACGAUUUAAAAACAUUAUUACAUUUGUGCCAAACGCCAUCAGAUGUCAAAGUAGCAAAGAAUCUAAUUUACAGAUACCAUUCUGAGAACAGAAAUAUGGCAUUUGGGGAAUUUAAGUUUGGCCCUUUAUUUGUGAGGUUAUGCUAUGAGCUAGGUUUAGAAGAAACUGCAGAAGAGAUGGUGAAAGACCAGAAUCUGAAGGGCUUCUUCUCCGAUUCAACAUCGUUCAACAUUGUGAUGGAUAUGCUGUUUAUGAAGCAAAGAUAUGAACGUGCUCUGGGAGUCCUUCUGGAAAUGAAAAAUCAAGGCAUUAAAUUUAGUAAAGAUACUUAUACACUAGCAUUUGCAAUCUGCUACAAAAUGAAUACCGAAGAGGCAUACACGGUCUGCAGCAUGCUGUUGGAAGAAUCGUUAGCAAGAGGAGAUUUCAUUCCCCGGCAUGCAUUCUGCUUUGCAGUAGCACUUGUAAUUAAGCAGAAUAAUAUUGUUAAAGCUCGGUCAAUUUACUCACACAUUUUGCACACAGACAGCAAAAUCUGUCUUAAUCUUCACGUCCUUUUACUAGCUCUGUCAGGGGCACAACAAACUCUGCUUUCUGUUUUGGAAAGAACAGUUGCAAACAAGGUGCCAACCUUUGUGAAGAAGCUGGAUAUUUCCCAAGAAGUGCUGACUGCAGUCUGCAAAACCUUGGAGAAAAAUCUGGAACUUCAAAGACGGUUUGAGGAUGUGUGUGACUCACUGCAAAGGUCUGGUCAAAUCACAGCACUGAGUCUCGAUGACAUGCUUUGUCAAACGCCAAAUGGAAAAAAGCCUGUUAACCCUUUAUUGGAUGCAAGGAAAGUUAGUCGACGGACCUUCAAACCGCUACAGUCAGCUUUACUUUCAGAGUAAUUUAGCUGGAUUGUGCAUUAUUUGGUAGUGUUGAACAGCUGUACCUGGACAUCUUUCUCCGCUAUUGGUGUCAGCUGAGAGAACAGAUGUUUUUCAGCAUCUGGUUUCGCUGUUUUGAGCAAACUUGAAGACUGAGCGAUGCAGAGCACUUCUUGAGGCAAGAUGAUGUGUGUUUUGAAGGUGUUAGUUGUUACAAUAAUCUUGAAAGGCCCAAGACCAAAGUUACACAUUUGGCAAAAAUAAGUAAACAGAACUGUGCUGUAACUUGAAUGCUACAUUGCAUGUCUUUGGAGGAUACAGAAAGGUACAUUGCUUCUGAUUCAUAACAUUUGUGUUGUACUUUCAGAGAGCUCAAAAUUUUCAAAUUAUUUCAUUACACUUGAACUUAGUUAUUUAUUCAUCAUGUACUUUUGAUUCAGUUUAAUUUUCCAUACAUUUGUACACUGGUCUAAAAUCAUGAAAUCCUUUCAGAAUCAGUUUUAGCAAAAAUGUCAUUGAUCCCUAUCUGAACCAGGAAGACUAUUGUAAAGCUGUGAAACAUAUUGCAUAGUUGUUUUUCCUGUAGUGUUAUCAGAACUGAGCCAGUUUUAGGCGCAAUAUAUAUUUUCCAUAAAUUGCUACCUUGCACCAUUGCACCAGAGCCACAGUGCUGAUAGGAAGGCAGUUGCAAGAUUUUGACCCAGCGAAGGUACAAGAACAAUGCAGCUUCAAGUCAGGAAGAUUGCAGCUUCUAUCCUUCUGUCUUUCUGCCGAGCAUAUCCUUUGAUAUAUCCAUCUGAUGCAUAUACAGUAUUUCACCAGUUAGGAAUUCAGUUUGAAUAGUUUCUCAAAUUUGCUGCAGGUUUGUUGGCAGCUGAAUGGGGUGUCAUUUUAUUGAUUUUCAUGCAAGAGAAAUGCAGGCUAUAUAUUCAGGUGGACAUUUUGCUAUGAUUAAGUGAACAGUAAGAUAUUCCCUCAUUAUCAUGAAUAAAGUCAUGUUAUCUUAGAAGUCGUAAUAUUUUGGCAGAGUUCACCUCUCCACAUUCAUUUCCAUCUUGCCAGCAGUUUUAUUGGCUGCUUCAAAGGUCCUAUGGUUGGCGAAAUGAGUCAUAAAAUAACCUUUUAUUCAGAAUUUGUAAAUCAUUUGUAAUACAAUGUAUGCAAUGCAAAUACAAUUCUCAAUGCAUGAAGGAAUUUGUGUUCCGAAACAUUUUUAUUGCUAGGCAACUUCAUGGUAUGAAUAAUCUUUUUGUCCAAUGAACAGUCUAAAUUCUUAAAGGAAAUGAAACUCAAAAAUCUGUCAACACGCAGUAACUUAAAAAUAUUCACCUGUCUUCCAUAUUUCUUUCACAUUUGCAAACAGUUGACUGAGAAGAUGAUAAACUGUGCAUCUGUAAAUGUCCUGUAUUUGAAAGAGGCUGCUCCCUUAUCAUCAAUAUUUUAUUUUGAUAGAAGGCUUAGUUCAGUAGGUUUAGUAAGGGAUUCUGAAUCAGAAUUCCAAACUACAAAGUGUGUUUUCUUGAUUGUCCAUUAUGAUUGAC